AUGAGUUUCAAAAUUUUGGCCCCUCCCUCGUUCGCUUUCCUCUCGGCCCUCAUUCCCAGUAUGGUGAAGCGAAAGCGCACCUUCGACGAGCUCCUCGGCGAUACAUGCGGCGCUUGUCACCAACCAUUCCGAACGACGCAGGGCCUCUGCGCUCACCAGACCAUGAGCAAGAAAUGCUCAUGGUAUAAGAAAGGAAAACUAAAAGAAAUUUUUACCGUCAAGGACCAUCCGGUAGCGUUGGAAGACGGCGUGAUAGUUGAGCACACGCGGCGCACCGACCUUUCGAGCAGACCCGACCAUUCUGGCGACGAGUCAGAGCAUGUCCCCAAUCCAUCACCUGAAGAGGACGCAAAUGAAGACCUUGAAGAAGAAGAAGAGGACGAUGAGGACCUCUCGUCACUUUACGAUUUCAUAGAGGUCUGCGCACCUUCCAAGCCGCCGGGCGAUCCAGGAGGGUACGGAGACGGACACGAUGGUGGAGGUGGAGGUGGACACGGUGAUGGCGGCGGCAACACAGGCAGCGCUGCAGCAGGGCCAUCAACUUCGAAUAGUACAAGACGAACUGCGCUCUCGCUGGAUGACGACCACGACGAGCGAGUAGUAGACGAAGAUGUAAGCGCAGGCAAGGUUACCGGCGUAGACGAAGAGGUGCGCAGAAGAUGGCUGGAGGGAAGGGAAGGUGGACGUUCAGGAUUAGCAAGUCAAGUAGUUGUCGAGAACGCAGGAGAAACGCGAGCGGAAGACGCGACAGACGGUGAGGGUACAGCAAAGCAGCCGAAGAACCCAUGGGAGCCCUUCGAGUCCGAGAUGGACUGGCGGUUCGCUUCAUGGGCAAUCCAGGAAGGACUAACCCAGGGUUCCAUAGACAGAGCGUUGGAAAUACCCGGGUGA